UCAUAAAUUACAGUUAAUGUACUGGAGUUACACUGUUUGUCAACUUAUUUGCCGUAUAACGUUCACGAUAAUCUGCAGUUGCAAUUUUUCAUAAGUAUAUAAUUAUUUUAAAAAUUCAACAACAUGCCAACUUUAAGUAUUACUACUAACAUACCAAAAUACAAAGUUCCAUCAACUUUUUUAACUGAUGCAUCAAAAUUAGUCAGCCAAAUACUCCAAACACCAGAACUAUAUAUUGGUGUGAGAAUCAAGGCAGGACAACAGGCAUGUUGGUUUGAUAAUGAAUCACCAUGUGCAUUAGGAACCAUAACUGGAACUGGAAACUUUGGAACAGAUGAAAAUAAACAAUUUUCGAAGAUAAUAUUCGAUUUUAUUGAAAAACAACUUGGCGUACCUCAAAAUAGAUUUUAUUUAUCAUUUGUGGAACAAAAACCAAGCAAUAUUGGAGUUAAAGGCACAACUUUAGCAGAGAUUAUUCAAUAGAUUAUCAGAAGCUCAAUGAUUUUUUGACGAUAAAAUUAUUGUUUUUUGUUGUUUUUUUUUAUCACUUUUAAAUCUAUAAUGUAAUAAUAUUAAUAAUAUUAAAUAAUUUGUUUUCAUUCUA